UAUCGCUCGUUUCCGGUGCGGGACGGUUCCUGAGCGUCUACCGGCUCGUUUAAGUUUAACCGGAACUUACGGAAAGCGGCGGUUACGUCAAAAAACCUUCCCGCGGUUCGUCGUUCGUUAGAAAUGAAUGCGGGCUCCGGUAAACACGGUAAAUAACCGGGUCGGUGGAGCUCCCAGCCUCUCCCACCACCUCUCGUGUCCGGGAGAAGAGCGAGAGUCGCCGGUUGAACCGUCCGCGUCGCCCGUUUCGUCAAAUCUCAGUUCACAUUUGAACAUUUAGCGGGUUUCUGUGAACCGGGAACGCGCAUGCGCAGUAGGCGGCGGCAGGCUUAUGCGGAUAUAAAGAUUGGCGCCGGCGCCACAGCUGAUGCAUUCAUUCAUUCAUCGCCGAGGAGCGGAGCCAUAAAUUAAUUCAACAUGAUGUCCAGACGCAGCGGUCGCAUCACUUUGCAAGCCAGAGAUUCAAACACACCUGAGCCGCCCGUCAGAGCGCCGCUGAAGAAGAGGAAGUCAGAGCCCUCAAAGAAAAAACUUCAACCUGCUGCCAAGAAACAAAGCUAUGAAAUCCAGAAGUGUUGGUCGGAGGACGGAGCGAGUCCGUGCGUCCUCAUCGAGACUCCACACAAAGAGCUGGAGCCAACAGAUCCUUCUGGCUUCAAGCAGUACAGAUUCAAGAACCUCUUCAUCAAGGCCUCCCCCAUCCCUCAGCUCAGCUGGGCCAGUUCAGACGACGUGUGGAUCAAAAUGCUCAACAAGGAGCUGAAGUACGUCCACGACAAGAGCUACCUGCAGCGACACCCCAAGCUGCAGCCCAAGAUGAGAGCCAUCCUGCUGGACUGGCUGCUGGAGGUGAGUGAAGUGUACAGCCUCCACCGGCAGACGGCGUACCUCGCUCAGGACUACUUCGACCGCUUCAUGCUGACCGAGGAGGACGUCAGCAAAGAGUACCUGCAGCUGCUCGGCAUCACGGCGCUCUUCAUCGCCUCCAAGAUAGAAGAAAUCUACCCUCCGAAAAUCUAUGAGUUUGCCUACGUCACCGACGGUGCCUGUGACAUGUGGGACAUCCAGCAGACGGAGCUGCACAUGCUGAAGGCGCUGGACUGGAAUCUGUGUCCGGAGACGCCCAUCUCCUGGUUGAAGCUGUACGCGCAGGUGGAAGCCCAGACGGACGGAGAGAACUUCCUGGUUCCUCAGUUCUCCCAGGAAACCUACAUCCAGAUCACACAGCUGUUGGACCUGUGCGUGAUGGACAUCAGCUCAUUGGACUACAGCUACAGCGUCCUCGCCGCCGCCGCCUUCUGUCACUUCUCCACAUUCGACGUUGUUCAUAAAGUUUCAGGCCUGACGUGGGAGAGCGUCGCCCCGUGUGUUCGGUGGAUGACUCCCUUCAUGGACACGCUGCGAUCCGAAGCCAAACCUCAACUCAAGGACUUCCCCAAAGUCAAAUCUGACGACAGGCACAACAUCCAGACACACGUGGCGUAUCUGGACCUGCUGAGAAAAGCUCAGAGGCAUCAGAUCGACCUCCCCGACUGUCAGAUGUCGCCCGUCGCCGUGGGAGCGGUCCUGACUCCGCCCAGCAGCACAGAGAAACCAGCCAAUCUCUGAGCGGGACACACAGCGGCGAUGACACGCUACCUCUCCACCGGUCGGCCUGCAGCGAGCAGGACGCCACUUUAGGGAAAAGUUCUAGAUUUUAUUUCUAACACUAAGUCAGGACGCUGCUUCCUGUCGGCCUUUUUUUUUUUUUUUUUAAAUCAUUCAUUUGGAUUUUUUAAUCAAACUGCAGAUAUGGAGAAUGUCAGGAAGCCUUUUUUUAAAACAUUUCACAGGUUGUUUUUUGAAGCAGCAGGUUUCACGUCGACGUGUUUCCUGCAGUAGCGACUUCGGUCCACUGGUGUGAAGCGAAACGCCGACAGGAAAACAGCUUUUUAUUUUCUUUUGGGGGGGAAACAUUUGGUACCUGAGAGUUUUACUGGUGCUACUCUACAAAUUGAGGCUUAAAUGCUUUCCGAUGGUGCUUCAGUCAGAUUCUCAGGAAAAAAGAAAUGAGGAGAAUCUCAUUUUCUACUGCAAAUAUUUCAUUCCACUCUGAACGGUGAAGUGUUUAUUAUCGCCGACAUUUAAUCAGUGUGAACUUUUACAUCUACACUUUUUUUUUUAUUUUUUAUUUUUUUAAAUCGCCAUCAGAGGAACAAACGGUGCAGUGAGCGACACGAGCCAUAAGAACAAACACGCCUGCUUUGCUGUGUAACGUCCUGAAACGCGGAGGUGUUUGAACGCACCUCGUCUGUUUGUGUGGCUCAAUAAUUCCCUUUUUAUUUUAUUUUUAUUAAUGUUUAUUAUAGUUGCAACCUGGUUGCACUUUCUUGUUACAUUCCUGGAAAACUUGACUUGCAUAAGAGAACUGCCUACAAAGUUUUCAUCUUUCCGUGCUUGUAUUUAUUGAGAAGCCUUCGUAUGUAAAAACAAAACAUCUGUUCAUAUGUAAACAAAAAAACAAAUCUGUCAGCGAUGAAUGAGCUCAGUUUGAUCACUGCCAAAGGCAAAAGCUAUUUAUGAUUUAGCUCUGACACCUGUUGUUGAAUGAUAGUUCCUCUUAGUGCCUUUUUAUUAAAAUGAACUGCGGCUACUUAAUUUAAGCUAGAACGAGCCAAAAGGCUGUCGAGACGGAACGAACCUGUGACUGUAAAGCUGAAACCUCCGCGGCCUGAUGGAAAAACUCUGCAGUGAACAACCAUGUCGACUGUACGUAGAUGUUGAAGAAUGUAUGUUUUUGUAAAUAGAGCAAUUCAGAUAUGUGUAAUUUUGUUUUAUAUUGGAAUGUUUUGAAUAAAUGAGAGGAGACGAG